AUGCCAGUGCUCCACUCGGGCGCCCAUAUUGAGUUGGCAAGUCUCGAGAUCUUGAAGGCGUUGAAUGUGGGCCUCCAUCUACCUUCCCCAUUCGCAAAUCCCCAAGUGGAUCGAACUCUGGAUCCAUUGGGAAAAGGGAAUAUCGCUAACAACAACUCCUUCCCCGCUAACCCUUCUGCUUUUGCGUUCUCGUCCCCGCCUGCCCCACCUCAGCCUACCAAAGCGAGCUCCACCAAGCCUACGGACUUCAGGAUUGUCGCCGUGAUAUUCUAUGGACGCCCGGAUCGAGUGGAGAUUUUAGACUGUUACCUCAAGCGCAAUCUAGUAACAAACGGGGGAUGGAUCGAUGAGGUGCUUUGGGCUCCCAACACGGAAAACCAGGGCGAUUUAAAUUGGCUUGAUAAGCUGGUGCCCACUUCACCCCUUUACAGAAAAAUUUCGAUCGACGCGCAGAAAAAAGGAUACUCGAAAAUAUGGGACAGCACCGUGACCGAACCCGACACCCUUUAUAUCAAAAUGGACGAUGAUAUUAUUUACAUCGACAACAAUGCGAUACCCAAGUUGGUCUCUCUAAAGCUCGAAAAUGACCACUCGUACCUUGUUUCAGCAAACGUCAUCAACGGCGCCCCUUUGCCCUAUCACCACUACCGCACCGGAGCUAUAAGACCCUACCUUCCCGAAUUGACGCCGCCUUUUAACAUCACAAACAGCGAUGUUACUUCCCUUCGAAAACCAACUUGGCGCGCCUCAGAACUUCCAUACUGGGAAGGCCCAGAUGGCUUCCAGUUCCCACUCGAAGUUGGCAAUGCGCCGUAUCCAAACCAUCGAUGGCUGCCUGUGCACAACGAGAAUAGAACUGCUAUAUACCGUACGCCUAUCCACCAUGCGCUCUGUAGCCCUUGGGCAGAAAACCAAGGCAAAUGGUCCCUUGCAGCGCAACAACAUUUCUCCUUCCUAGAGUCUCUGGAACAAAACGCAACAGAUGUCUAUGACUUCGCGCGUCGCGGUGUGUGGGAUAUGGGCUUCGAACGGAUCAGUAUCAAUUUCAUUGCUAUCUGGGGGAGGGACGUCCUCGAUCAUCUUCCGCUCAUUGACGAUGAAGGGAUGCUGACGAAGCUAAUUCCCAAACAGCUACGUAGACCCGUACUCGUCGCAACGGGAGCUCUCGCUGCUCACUACGCCUUUGCGUCGCAAGUUCGCGACCUCAAGCAAACCGAUAUUCUCUCGCGAUACCGUGCAUAUGCAAACGAUUUGAUUUGCCCUGGUGCCUUACCCUAAACAUGCGAUAUGAUUCUCUUACACUUACACAUUUGUAUUUAUAUUUAGAUUUUUAGAAAGGGCUAGAGUCCAAUGUGAAUUCGAUCUAAACUCUUCUACCUUC